CAACGACUCAUAAUGAAGAUCGAAGAAACAAAACACUAGGAAGUACUUCAAGAUUGUUGCUAUUAAUAUGAAGCUUUUGUACACUUCACUUGACAGUCUGCUUUUCAUUCUCGAUGAAUGAGAGUAUCCGGCAUGGGUGGACACAUGAUAGAUGAACAUGCGCGAGGAACACCCAGAACGAGCGGUUUCCUCAAAUAUUAGCUUAGCUGGAGUAGCUCUCAGUGUUUAACUGUCAAAUUAAUACUCUACUAAACUAUUUAACUCAUUGUUUGUAGAUUCAACUUAUGUAGAACUCAUCUUAAAGGAUGAAUAUUUAACGGGGUUUUAACGAUUAGGUUUACCUUUAAGUAUCUAAGUUACUCACAAACUACAACUCUUGCGGAUCCUCAGUAAUCUUCAGAGAAGUCUGUCCUGGUCUCCUCGUGAGAGGCUGUCAUCAUGGCAUCAGUCAAGCUGAAGUACCUCUCUUUGGGGGUUCUGGUGUUCCAGACCACGUCCCUGGUGCUCACCAUGCGUUACUCACGCACCUUGCAGGGUGAAGGACAACGUUACCUGGCCUCUUCUGCAGUGGUGGUGGCAGAGUUCCUCAAGAUCCUCACUUGUGUGGGACUCGUCUUCAAAGAUCACAGUUACAGUGGCCGAGCGCUGAGCAGUAUUCUGAGACAGGAAAUUCUACACAAGCCUGUAGAGACGCUGAAGCUGGCAAUUCCAUCAGGGAUCUACACGCUACAGAAUAACCUGCUCUAUGUAGCACUGUCCAACCUUGAUGCAGCUACCUAUCAGGUGACAUACCAGUUGAAAAUCCUUACCACAGCCCUGUUUUCUAUGUUUAUGCUGGGCCGCAGGCUUGGGGUGUACCAGUGGUUGUCUCUGCUAAUUCUUAUGGCCGGCAUUGCACUUGUACAGUGGCCAGGAGACUCCCCGUCAGACCCUCAGAAAGAGCAGCUGACUGCAGGCUCACAGUUUGUUGGGCUGGUGGCUGUGUUGGUGGCCUGUUGCUCUAGUGGGUUUGCUGGUGUCUACUUUGAGAAGAUCCUUAAAGAGACCAAGCAGAGUGUUUGGGUUCGAAACAUCCAGCUUGGCAUGUUUGGCCUGGUUUUUGGGGUCUUCGGGAUGUUGGCCUACGAUGGUGACAGAGUCCAAGAACACGGAAUGUUUCAGGGCUACAACACGCUGACCUGGAUUGUGGUCGCUCUCCAGGCACUUGGAGGGCUCGUGAUAGCUGCUGUCAUCAAGUAUGCUGACAACAUACUGAAAGGCUUUGCUACAUCACUCUCAAUUAUCCUCUCCACAUUAAUUUCAUAUUUCUGGCUUGAGGACUUUGAGCCUUCCAGCGUGUUCUUCCUAGGCACAGUAUUGGUUAUAAUGGCAACGUUUCUCUAUGGUUAUGAGAGCAAGCCGGCACCCAACCCAAGUAGAGCAUGAAAAGGGGAUGGACAAGGUGAAAGUGGAGUGGAACAAAGGGAUGAAAUGAGUGGAAGGAAAGAGAAGAGAAGAGGAGGCAUAGAGAGCGGGAAAAAAUGAUUGAUACAAGGUUUGGAUAACAGGCUUGGCCACUGCUGUGCAGUGCUGAGCUGAAGUACACUGGGUGAAAUGCUCUGGGUCUUGGGUUUCAGUGAAACUCACGUUUAAGGUGAAAAACAAUAAUCGUCUCUUAUCACAUUAAUGGGUGAUGGAUAAAAACACUUCAUAAUGUGCCAUUUUCAAAUCUUGCUGGAUGCGCUGAGACCUUUUUUUGGAUAAUCAGGAUUUGAACCUUGAGCACAAAACUUGUUUGGCUCUUCUUGGCCAUUUAAUAUCCAUUCAUCUUCAAGGGGGAAUGGCUGCUUUUGGUUUGCAAAAGUGGCCUGCAGUAAUUUGCCACAAAUGAAACUUGAAUCUCAACAAUGGAUGUUACUGAGGGGGUCAUUGCAUCACUGUAUUUUUGUGUCAUUAUUCAAACUUCUUAAGUUCUAAAAAAUAUUUUAUGCUAUUUUAAUAGACUGGGUUGCUGCGUUAGUUUCUGAGGGAAUAAGGAAUUGAGGGAAUAAGGGAUCUUUCGUGAAUAAAAUGUAAACUUUUGAUAUUAUAAUAAUGAAAAUGAUAACAAUAAUUAUGAUGAUGCUAGCCGGUCAGUUUGUGGGAUGUUGUGAUUACAGAUUACCUCUGUCACAAGGCAACAAAGAAUACUUGAGUUACUCCAAUAUAUAUGCAAGGAAGUGCUUUUUUUAUCAACUUUGCACUAUGUGUGAAGCUAUAUUAGCAUCUGGUGAGGAGUAAUAUUAAAUCAGGUGUAUAAAUGUCUUUUUGUAAUUUCUUUAUUUUUCAAACAAAACACAUUUUCACCAGGGCAGCCCAAAAUUUUAAAGAAAAGGCUUGGCUUUUUUUUUUUUUUUUAAAGAUGUAAAAACAAUGCAUGCAGUCACAGUUUGAAAAAAGUAAUUAAUUAAAAAGGAAAAUAGAUUUUACAGUUAGGAUGCUCUAGCUGCCUCAGUCCUUCAGAACACACUGUGAACCUCAAAAUCAAUAAUCUCUACAUUGACCUCCGAA